UGAUUUAGUCCUGAAUAAUGCAGUGCUUUGGGGCCGUGUGGACCCUCGGGUGUUUGCAGAUGUCUGUCUGGCUGUCUCUCACAGGAUCAGUGCACUUGAGGAGCUGGAGUGUUGCAGAUCAGCAACUGGAGAUCUCACCGGGCCUGUGGCUGUGCCUCACCCUCUAAUAAAAGCCUCAUCGCUCCUCAGAAGCCCAUAUUGCAUUAGCGUGUUACAGGAACUGCAGAGGGAUGCCAAAGGCCAGUAUUUGUUCGACCUCAUUUGCCACCAUCUAAACCUGCUGGAGAAGGACUAUUUUGGCAUUAGAUAUGUCGAUCCGGAUAAACAACGGCACUGGCUGGAGUUCACCAAGUCAAUUUCUAAGCAGAUGAAAUCACAACCUCCGUUCACCAUGUGUCUGCGGGUGAAGUUUUACCCACCAGAUCCUGCUGCUCUAAAGGAGGAGAUCACCAGGUAUCUCGUCUUCCUGCAGAUCAAAAGAGAUCUGUACCACGGUCGUCUCCUCUGCAAAACGUCUGACGCAGCCUUAUUGGCAGCUUACAUCUUACAAGCUGAGAUUGGAGACUACGACCCGGGAAAGCAUCCGGAGGGCUACAGCUCCAAGUUCCAGUUCUUCCCUAAGCACUCAGAGAAACUGGAAAGAAGGAUUGCCGAGAUUCACAAGACAGAGUUAAUAGGUCAAACUCCAGAGACUGCGGAGCUAAAGUUCCUGCAGAAAGCACAAAUGCUUGAAACAUACGGCGUGGAUCCUCAUCCGUGCAAGGAUGUGUCUGGGAACCCAGCUUUCCUAGCCUUCACUCCGUUCGGUUUUGUCGUGCUUCAAGGGAACAAGAGAGUCCAUUUCCUCAAAUGGUGA